AUGGCCUCAUGGAAGCACAACCAAAUAGGCUCGUCCGAUUUUAUCUUUGCCGAGAUUGACUGUAUGGGGGUCUCCAUCAUUGUCACCGAGCUGCCCACCGUGUCUUCGCUUCCGCUCCAUUUGCAAGUUUAUGAUUUUCUCAACGUCACAGCCUUAGUCACAUUUGGCCCAGCUAGCUACAGCAUGGCACCUAUCAGGAAUCGUGGCUUGAGCGUCACGAUGUUUGACUAUUCAUCUUCAACAGCGCUCACACACAACGCCCUGGCUGAGUGGCAAAGCUUUAUGCAGAGGAAAAUUCUGGAUGCACACUCCUCUCCCAGACGUGAGCUGAUUUGCAUAUUGGACGAUACAGCCGGUGUCAAGACGAUCAUUCUCUUCUCUCUACUAAUGUAUCACUGGGGGUGCUCUUUGGAACAUGCGCUGCAACGUGGCCGAGAGUACUUGCCUCGAGUUGUCCUCACGUCUGAAGAGGAGAUCUUUCUGUGCAAGCAAAUCUUAGCUACCAAGCAAAUAUCACGUACCAAACGGUUCCUUUUCCUCUUUCGACGGUAUGUGCUGCAACUGAGGCUUUGUAAGCGGCGUAAAGAGUAUAGUGCUACUCUUCUUUAG